CUGUAUAACAGUAUUCGUAAAUUCAGUCAUGGACUCGCAGCACCACUUGGCUACGACAGACGCGUUCCUACCUGUGGGCGUAGAUCUGCAUGCGAUGGCAUCCGUACAGCCUCUUCCGCAGUCCGUAAAUACAAGCAUGGGCAUGGACACUGGAGACAUUCUCGCCGACGUCAAAUUAGGUCCCGAGCAAGCGUCGCCGGCGUCGCCCGCGCCGUCUUCCGUGUCUUCAAAGGAGAAAUGGCAGCAGAAACGGCACGUGUGCUGUACGCCUGACUGCGGCAAGAGCUUCGACUCCAAGUGGGCUUUAAUCCGACACAUUCGUGUGCACACUGGUGAGAAGCCAUUCCCAUGCACAUACCCGUCAUGUGAUAAGUCUUUUGCCGAGAAAUCUGCUAUGACACGUCAUCUGCAGACGCAUUCACGGGAUAAGCCGUACAAGUGUACGUAUGCGGACUGUACCAAGAGCUUUAAGGGCAAGGAUUACCUCGAAUUCCACUUAAAAAUCCAUGCGGAAGGCAGUCCUUACGCCUGCGACCAUCCGACGUGUUCCAAGACUUUUUGCAGCCCCAAGAGUCUCAAGAAGCACAUCCGAUUGUGGCAUAACCCUGGAGGCAAGAGCACUUCCAUGGAGCAGCAACUCAGAGAACGCAUCAUUAAGAUGGCUACGCGUAACAAGGACAAGACGCGUAAGUUCGAGGCGACUAUUCGAACGCUCAUGGAGGAGAACGAGUCUCUGAAGAGGAGGAUCGUGGAGCUCGAGAGUCUCCAACAGCAGCAACAGCACCAACAACAGCUACAUCACCACCAACAGCGAUUGUAA